CGUGACUGACUUUCUCUCUCUCUCAAGAUACCCUCCUCUCUCUCUAAAAGAUAUCGGAAGGAUUUCUCUUUCUCUCUCUAAGACCAGUAGAGAGAGAAGGAGGAGAGGGCGGGUUGGUUCUUCACCGGUCAGGGUUUGCUGGCUUUGUUUCUUUAGCCAUGGCGGUGGACACGCUCCACAUGCUGAAGGACUCCGGGGUCGGGAGGGCGAUGGCGCCGGAGAAGGACGUCCCUGUUCCGGUUCCUGCCGUGGCACCUCCUGUGGCGGCCAAGGAGACGCACUUCCGCGGCGUUCGGAAGCGCCCGUGGGGGCGGUUCGCGGCGGAGAUCAGGGACCCGUGGAAGAAGACGCGCAAGUGGCUCGGGACCUUCGACACCGCGGAGGAGGCGGCGCGGGCCUACGACAACGCCGCCCGCAACCUCCGCGGUCCCAAGGCCAAGACGAACUUCGCGGUCGCUGGCGACGAGGGCGGAUCGCCGGAGCCCCCAGCGAGGGCGGCAGCAGUAGCGGCGGCGGCGUCGGUCGAGCAGCUGGAGCAACAAUGGCGGGCGUUUUACGGAGUGAGGUCGCGUGACGUCUACGGUGGGCUGGGGCCGGCGUCGGCUGCACCGUUGGUGGUCAUAUCGGGGAAGGCGCCGGAGUUCCGGUUCGAGGUGGGGAAGGGCGACGACGGGAAGGCGAAGGAGAAGCGGCCUUUCCUCUUCGACCUCAACCUUCCUCCUCCCCUCGUCUGAGAGAUCGUCUUCCUCCCUUUCUUUUUUGCCUUUUCCUUUUUCCCUUUCACCGGUUGUUUCGUUCUGCCUUUGUUCUUCACCCUUAGAGGUUUUUCCUUUUUCUGUAAUUUUUUUUCCUGCGUUGCGCUCGGUGGUGUAAAUAUAUUUUUAAAGGGCGUAAUUAUCAAGGAACCAUGGACAGUUUUUUCA